UGAAUUGUGAUUGUUGAGUGACUAUCUAUUUAUUUACCAAUAAUGAUUCUCCGUCGUCUUAUUUGAUUGCCAAGAAAAGAGAGAGAGAUGGGCAAAAUGAAGCGCAAGUUUGCUCAAGUUCGACGUAAACUCAACCCAAAAGACCAAAGACUGAAAAUCAAACUAUGGAGUAAGCAAGAUGCUGCUCCCAUCGUUCAUCAAACAAAAGACGAAGAAAAACUUCGAAAUCUGCCUGUUCCUACAAACCUGUUUUUCUCAUACAACCUUUCACUCGGUCCACCUUUUCAUAUUUUGAUGGACACCAACUUUAUCAACUUUAGUGUUGUCAACAAACUGGAUAUAUUAAAGGCUAUGAUGGAUUGUUUGUAUGCGCCUUGUGUGGCUUGUAUAACCGACUGCGUGAUGGCCGAACUUGAAAAACUGGGUACCAAAUAUCGACUUGCUUUAAAAGUAGCAAGAGACAAAAGGUUUCUUCGUUUGAAAUGUACACACAAGGGAACGUACGCUGAUGACUGUUUGAUAGAGAGAGUACAACAGAACCGAGUGUAUAUUGUGGGAACUUGUGAUAAAGACUUGAAAAGAAGAAUUAGAAAAGUACCGGGUGUGCCUAUCAUGUAUAUUAAGCAACAUCGUUAUACGAUUGAAAGGCUACCUGAUGCCAUUUUGGCACCCAAAGUGUAAACUCUUCAUACUACUAGAAAAAUAUUUUUGA